AUGUCAGGAGGAAAUUAUCAACAAGAUUUUCAAAGGAAUACGCCAACUCCACAGCAGCCUCAAGUAAUAAUGACCGCUCCUCAGCCACCUGAUUUUCAAGCGAAUACGUUUGUUCCUCAACAUGAAUCUCAAAGGAGUGCGACUUUUAUUCAACAAAACGAGCCUCGAAUGAAUAUGGUUCUAACUCAACAAUAUGAACCUCAAAUGAUUUCUGCAAUUCCUCAACAAGAUGAAUAUCAAGCGAGUAUGACAAUUCAACAACAGGAAAUUACACCUACUCCAAUGAACGUUAGUGAUAGCAGGCCUGAAAUGCAUGUAAAUCCUCCUUUAUCACCAUAUGCUUACCAAAAAUUUCAAGAAAAUACACCUAUUCCAAUGAACGUUAAUGAUAGCAGGCCUGCUACUAGUGAAAUGCAGGAAACGCAUGUCCAUCCUCCUUUAGCACCAUACGCUUACCAAGAAUUUCAAGAAAAUUCAAUGCCAAUUAAUUCGCAACCAUUCAAUUCAAUUCCAAUUAAUUCGCAACCAAUCAAUUCAAUUCCAAUUAAUUCGCAACCAAUCAAUUCAAUUCCAAUUAAUUCGCAACCAAUCAAUUCAACUCCGAUCAAUUCAACUCCGAUUAAUUCAAUUGAUUAUACCAAUAAAUCUAUAUCACCACCUCCAAGUUACGGACAGGAAAAUAGUGGGCAAACUAUGUUCAUAUUUACAGAUCCUCAACCUCAACCUCAAGUAAUUUAUUCAAUGGUUGAAAAAAAGCCGGGGGAAGUUGAUCAUAGUAUUCCACCAGUAGAAAGGGGACUGUCUGGUCUCACAAGUUUAGAACAAAUUAUGGGGAUGCCUUUAUUCCAUAAUGGCAAGCCUACUUGGAAGUUUUGGUUUAUUUUUGCAAUUUUGUUUUAUUUUUCUUGGUAUAUCACGAUACCUGUCGUAAUCGUCAAGUCUAAUUACUCUUAUUAUAGUUCCACAAAUGGUAAUUCUUAUACAAAUGGUAAUUCUUAUACCGGUUCUAGCAGUUCUAACGGAUGUUCAUCGAGUGUACCAAGCUGUUCUAGUACUAAGUACCUUUGUUGGACUAUUUCUAAUGGAUGUUAUAGCUAUUAUUGUAGUUCGACAUAUAACUCAAAAGCAUUAAAGAAUUCUUGUAGUAUUGCUAUUUGA